UUAAUAAAAAGUUCAAAAAUUUAUUUUAUUUCUCACCUAUGAUCCAAGGUGAUUAUCAAUUAGUAAGUACUAAAACUUACUGUGAUGAUAGUGACGUUCCAUUAAAUUAUGAUAUAAAUAAUAAGUUUAAAGAUAUUAACGUUAAGAUUAUGGCUGGUUCUGGUGCAUGUAAUCGAACGGUUACUCGUAAAUGGGAAGUUUUUGCUGGACGUAAUACAUUUUUUUGUGAUGGUCGUCUAAUGACUGCUCCACAUACAGGAGUUUUUUACUUAACAGUAUCAUUAAUUUCAAUUACCAGCGCUUUAUUUUUUAUUUUUGAUUGUCCGUACUUGACGACGCGUAUAUCGCCAUUGAUUCCAGUAAUUGGAGGAAUCUUGUUUUUCUUUACAAUGUCAGCUUUGUUAAGAACAUCAUUUACAGAUCCUGGUAUUAUUCCAAGGGCUACUCCAGACGAAGCUGCAUACAUUGAGAAGCAGAUAGAAGUGCCAAAUAGUGCUAACAGUCCAACAUUUCGGCCACCUCCUCGAACAAAAGAGAUUGUAGUUCGGGGCCAGACUGUUAAAUUAAAAUAUUGUUUUACUUGUAAAAUAUUUCGACCACCCCGUGCCUCACAUUGCAGCCUUUGUGAUAAUUGUGUGGAUCGCUUUGAUCAUCACUGCCCAUGGGUUGGGAACUGUGUUGGUAAACGCAAUUAUAGAUACUUUUACAUGUUUAUCGUGUCUUUAGCUUUCUUAGCCGUUUUUAUAUUCGCUUGUGCUGUGACGCAUUUAAUAUUAUUAACAAAGGAAGAUAAUCCAUUUCUAGAUGCUGUAAAAAUAUCACCAGCUAGUGUAAUUGUGACUGUGAUUUGUUUCUUUAGCGUUUGGAGUGUUUUAGGCCUUGCAGGUUUUCAUACCUAUCUGACAACAAGUAACCAAACAACAAAUGAAGAUAUUAAAGGCUCAUUUACUGCAAAACGUGGUCAAGAUAGUUUCAAUCCUUAUUCGCAAGGAAAUGUUUGUUUAAAUUGUUUUUAUGUAUUAUGUGGGCCAGUGCAGCCUUCUUUAAUUGAUAGAAGAGGUAUUGUAACUGAUGAAUAUCGUUUAGAAUGUAAACAACCAGUUUCAUCGGAUAACAAUAUACAUAAUACAAAUAAAAUUUAUGGAACAGUUAAAAAUGGAAUUUCACAAAUUAGUCUAACAAAUGAACAACCCCAAACAAUUUAUAAUUAUACUGAAGAUAUUGGAAACGGAAGUAGUGCCAGUGUUAAUUAUUUAGUCCAAAAUGAAAUACCACUUGCUGUAAUACGACCAUUAAAUUCCGAGUUAGGUAUUAAGCAACAUCCUACAAAUACAAUUGUUACAAAUUCUUCCCCAAUCUAUUCCAAUCUUCCAAACAAAUCAACAAUGGAGAACACAUCAGUGUCCGUACAACAAGAAGAUAUACAACACUUAAAUAUAAAAUCAACAAGUGAAAAGAAAAAUUCACGUAAACAAAAUGAACAAAGAAAUUCACAACAAGACAUAGUGGUUAGUGGUACAACAACAGGUGGUGGAGGUUGUGGUCAAAUAAAUAAUACUGUAGUGAUGAAUAAAAGUUAUUCACAAGAUGAAUUAAAUUUAAUUGUAAGUGACUUAGAUUUAGAUUUUGUGACAAUACGUGAAAAUCAUAUGAUUCCAUCAACUAAUAUUAGUGAAAUGAAUAAAAAGAGUGACAAUAUGUCAACAACAAAUACAAUACAUAAUAUUAUCAACAAUAAAUGUGAUUCUGAUUUGACUAUACAUGAGAAAGAGAAUAAUUUAUUAAGUGCAAGUCGUUUAAGAUUAUUACAAGAUACAACAAUGAUUGAAUCUGCAUUAGAUUUAGAUUCAUUAGAUGAUUCUAGUAUUGGUAAUAAUAGUCAAGCCGGUUUAUUAAAAAUUGGUAUUGUAUAGCAUACACUCUAUCUCGGAUGAAAAAAAACAAUCAACUCUGCAUACAACACUUACUACUACAAACUAACUUUUACACCAUUUUUAUUUUUAUAUUUAAAAGAAAAAUCACAAUUUUAACAUUUUAAAGAAGAUUUAUGUAUAUACGUAUAUUAAUUCGAAGUCAUGUAAAUCAUUUUUCGAUUUUAUUUUAAAUAAUCAGUAUCUCAACUGAAGCGUUAUUUAUAUUGUGUUCAUUAAAUGAACUUAUUUAAAGCGGCCCCUAAACGUAUCUUCAAGUUUUUUAAACUUAGUUGUGCAAACAAAUGGCCCGAAUGGAGCAUAAAAGUUUAUACCCUACAUUGUUUUUUUUUUUUUUUUUUGUUAAAUAAUUUGAUUAACUUUGCACUCAUAAAGUUUGUACAUAUAGAAAUGUAACUCAAACAAUUUAAUCAUAUUUAUUUGAAGUACAAAAUGAAUAUUUUACACAUCACGAUAUGUUUCUAACGGUAAAAGUCUGUGAAAUUAUGAUGGUGUAGUGUAAUUUCAAACACUUGAUUUUUUAACAGAAUCUUUAAUCAAAUUCCAAUUAACUCAUUGCCUGUACCAUCAUAGCAACUAAAUUUUAUUUUGAAUGUACUCUACAAACAGGUAAACGCAAUGAAAAUGUGUGCUAUGUCUGAUUUAAAAACUUAUUUACCAUAAUCAAUUUAAUCAUCGACUAAGUCAAUUAACAUGUAAAUUAAAUAUAAAAUACCAUAAUGAAAAAAACAAUAAUUA